GAUGCCGGGUAAGGAUUGCUACGAGCCGAGUUAUGGUGCGAUCGUGGGUGCGUACAAGUCGCCAGUUGUAGUGUCCCCGCAAACAAGCACGCAACACCAUCAGGAGCAACAUCACCAUCAGCAAGGCAUCGAUAACGGAAGUAAACAGACGGAAUCGCGAUCGCAACCGACCGAUAGUGAGUCGGACAGUAAUAUCGGUCGAUCGACGUCAGAGGCAGGAUCUCCUGCAGCACAUCUGGUGACGCGUGUGGACAGUGAUCGAACACGUGAAGCAGGCAAUAGUGAAACGGGUGGAAGUGAUAUUAAUAGAAACUCACACGAACACACCACCCUGCCAGGGAAUACGUCGGAAGCCGGCACUCCACCGACCAGUAACACUCCUUCAGUGAUAACUUCCUGCUCAAAGUUAUUGUUAGGGUCGGAUCCGGUGAAGGUGUCGGUGUACGGGCCGGAUCAGCACCACGAAGCUAGUCCGGGGUCGAGUUCUCCGCCCCGUUUCUCUACGUUACAAACGGUUAUCAACAGCAGUGGUGGAGCAGGCUAUACAACGUAUCCAAACCAUUGGCCGUGCGAUUUGAGCUACAAACCGGUGGAACAUCGACCUAACUCCCCCUCGAGCGAACCUUCCACGGGAGGGGAGCUUUCGCGCCAACAGCCAACUCCACCAAGGGCGGUGUAUAUCAGUGAUCCGGACGCGGGAGUGUCGUCCUCUCCUUCGGGCCAUCUUUCCGUGGUCAGCCAUCUGAACCCACUAGUGUGCUCGAACGAUCCUUCACUCAUAAGCGGAAUGCGUGGAGGACUGCUCUCGAUGUAUUCAUCGUACGGGUCCCAUCAUCACGAUCACCUGGACGAAGCAACAGUCCUGCAGCACCAUGUACAGGCACAGGAUUCGCAUCUUCGAGGUGACGACGAAGUGUCUGCAUUUCAUCACCAACUGCAUCAACACCAUCAACACCAGCAGCAGCAGCAACAACAGCAUCAUCACUCGCAACACCAUCACCAUGACGUUCAACAGCACAGCAUUGACGAUAUGAUCGAGGAUACGUUGAAAGACGAACAGUGUGGGAUCGUGGACAGUUACCUUACUCCCACAUUGGUGAGCGAUCAUCAUCACCAUCUCGCCGAUUCCCCCACGCAUCACAGUGUGCAGCAGCAUCACCACCAGCAGCUGGCGCAACAACACCUGCAACAUGGUCACGGAAUGCAUGAAUCGAAAGAGUACGCCAACAUUUAUCACAACAACAAUGACAAGAGUGUCAUCAACUAUAAUCACGCAGCCAGCGUCGUAGCGCAUCACCAGCAGCAACAGCAGGCGGAACAUCACCACCAGCAGCAGCAGCAGCAGCAGCAGCAGCAGCAACACAAUCACACCCAUACCAGUAGCGGCGGCGAGUCGCGCAGUCCCGAGUAUUCGCACGCGCAUGACGAGUACGAUGGCGGAUUGCAGAGCUUCACUCAGUUGAUUAAUGUGCCUCGAGCGAGCGAUACGGCAGCGUCGAUGUACCACCGGCACCAAAUGUCAGUAGAGGCUGCAGCGGCCGUUGCAGCUACGACGGCCGCAACCGCAGCAGCCCUCACCUCGUCGAACGGUGGCCAAACGCCGACCACGACCACCUCCUCGCCCGGUCCUGCCGACCAUCUGAGCCAUCUGGGUGGAUCGGGAUCAAGCACGGGAGCUUCCGUGCUGUUGCAUACGCUCGGGAACGGCGGUCCGGAACCGGUAGCUGGCGCCGGAACCGAUGCUACCCUCUCCAUUUACGACACUCUCCAGACGGGCGUUCUUUCGGGCGGUCCUUCGUACGGUCGCUGUUCGUUCCCGGCCAUGCAGUACUUUAACGGAAGCUCGGCCGAUCAUCUUUGGUCGAGCGGUGUUUCCGGUAUGGAGAACGAAUACAUGAAGGGUGCCCUGCCCGGCUUCCAGCGGAUCGUUUCCGGCACCAACACGUCGCGUGCCAAUCCCUACAGCGCCGUCUCGACGUCCUACCCCCAACAGAAUGACACAUGGUCGCAGCAUUACGACACCGGCAGCAUCGCGUACAGUGUGGCAACGUCCAGUACCACCCCGGCAGCGGCUAAUAGACGGGCGGCGGCAGUGGCUACCACCACCACCACACACUUCCCAGCGGCAGCUUCUCUGACAGCACUGGGCCUAGAUGCGGACUUGUUUACGGAGGGACGCGAGUGUGUCAACUGUGGCGCUAUUCAGACGCCCCUCUGGCGUCGCGACGGAACUGGCCACUACUUGUGUAACGCGUGCGGACUCUAUCACAAGAUGAACGGCAUGAAUCGUCCGCUGGUGAAACAACCAAGACGUUUGGUAAAAGAUCCUAGCUCGGCAAGACGGGUAGGACUGCAAUGUUCCAACUGUAACACAACCAACACCUCACUGUGGCGUCGCAAUCAGGUCGGUGAGCCAGUUUGCAAUGCGUGUGGAUUGUACUACAAGCUGCACAAUGUGAAUCGACCACUAGCAAUGAAGAAAGAUAAUAUUCAGUCUCGUAAGCGUAAACCGAAGGGAAGUAAAAACAGCGAUGGCAGCAAAAGUAACGCAAGUAACGCUUCGAGCAACCGUCAGAACAAUUCGAGCAGUAACAGUAUAACCGAGACACCGAAAAAACAAGACGGAAUUAAAAUGAUGAAUUUGGGAGAAAACUCCAGUUUUGAAAAGCUGAUGCCAUCGUCACCGUCAAGCGAGGGUAGCAAUCAGUCGCCCUCGCACCACAACCAUAUGUCACCGAUUUGCUACACCCAGCAGGUGCCUUCCCCAAUCACCAGCACCCCAUCCAGUGGUGCCAUUGUAAACAACAGCAAAUACAACCAGCAAGCGAAGGCUGGCAAUGCCUUCAUGCUGCCCUCUCCCACACCGAUGAACAUGUUCGUUGGCAGUCCGACUGGCGGUGUAUCCGGACAGCAUCACCAUGCUCACCAAUCCUCCGGCGGACCGUUAAGUCCGGUGAGCUACAGUAUGGCAGGUGUCGGUGCAGGACAUGGCAACAAUAACGGAUCAAUUGUAUGCUCGAAAUACCAGCAAAGCCCACCGCAGUCUCCGGAGGACAUGCUGUACUAUGAUAUGCUGCCUGCCGAUGUGAACGGUAGCGUCGAUCAGCAUUCCAUGGCGACGAUCGUAAAAAUGGAACCGUCAAGCGGGAGUCACUAUGGUAGUUACCAGCAAGCACUGCACCACGAUGGAAUGGUUGGAUCGCUGGGACAUGGUCAGCACGGAACGGGCGGUGCACACAAUCAGCACAGUCGUAGCCCUUCGGUAGCCGACGAUGAGGGAGAUCAUGCACAACAGGAUAUGAUUGAGAGUAAGCACAACAUCAAUCGUCCAACCGUGGUAUCGAUGUCUAGAUAAUA